CUUAUUCCUGCCCACCCUAGGGAGGAGCCUUAACAGAAUGUGCCUGAUCAGAGAGAAUUCUGGGAGGAGAACCAGUCCCUGUUGCGCAGUCAGAUGGAUUCCAUUGAUCCUGAUCCUGGGCUUGUUGGUCUGGUCCUAUCACGUCUUGGUCUAUGAAAUCUGCAUAAAAAAGGUGCAGGACUAUGUGACCAUGGGAACUUUGUUACUUUGUUACCACCUACUAUUGUUCAUGUUCCUGUGGACUUGGUUUCAAUGCAUUUGCGAAUUGCCAGCCAAAAUUCCAGAUCAAUGGAAAAUAUCCGAAGAGGAUGUGAGCAGACUCAAGCGGGAGGAUGGACCAGAGGCAAAAGCUCGAAUACUUAAUAAUGUUGCAAGGAACUUGCCCAUUGCUACGUGCAACAGCGACGGAUUGGUGAGAUAUUGCAAGACUUGCUGGAUAAUAAAACCGGAUAGGGCCCAUCACUGUCGUAACUGCCACAUGUGUGUGCUGAAAAUGGAUCACCAUUGCCCUUGGGUGAUGAACUGCGUCCACUUUCACAACUUCAAGUACUUCAUACUCUUCCUUUUCUACGCCGAAGUAUAUUGCUUCUUUCUGUUCUGCGUGAUGAUCUAUGAUCUGUACUUGAUCUGCGGAUUCGAUGUAAGGUAUCUGAAGCAGGAGCAUUCCUGGAACCUUCUGCAGUACGUGGUAUGCCUGAUCUUCAACAUUUUCACGUUCAUAAUGUACGUUGUCAGUGUGUUUAAUGUAUCCCGAAAUCGCACUUCCAUGGAAUCGAGUUAUACUCCACACUUCUUCGUUGGCGGUAAGAACCAUCGCGGCUUCGAUUUGGGUUGUGCUGCCAAUUUCCGAGAGUUGUUUGGCGUUAAAUGGUAUCUCUGGAUUUUCCCGAUCUUCUCGAGUAGGGGUGAUGGAUUAUCCUUCCCUUUGGCCACCAAUCGACUUAAGGAAGUUCGUACUGACGGUCAGAAGAAAGAUGAUGGCCCAUCUAGGGCUCAAAUUGUUAAAAGGAACAUGACUCAACUUCUUGGAAUUCAUCAUGCAGCUCUUAACUAUGAAUAAGUGACAUAAAGCUCUUAAAGAUUAGAAACAAAAA